UGGCACUAUACACAUAUUAAUAUCAUGUACACACGAACUUCACAGCUAUAAUACCAGUUUCCAUAUACCUGUUGCGUUAGUAAUCAAACAACAUUCAUACGUAGUACCAGUGAAUUUGCCAAACAAUGGGUUCCUUUGGAAUUGUGACAUUGCUUGCUGUGGUGUUCAUUGCAGCGUACGUUGAAGCAGGCCCUGCCGGCAACUGUCCAUUGCCAUCGAAGAUCUACGGCUGCAGCCCCAAAUGUCAUGACAACUACGACUGCAGUCAUGGCAAGGCAUGUUGCCCGAACAGCUGCAAUGCCAAGUCCUGUGUUGACUUAGCUGCACAUGGCGGUGGAAAUAAUGACAAGUAUUCACAAUCUGGAGGCGCAGGAGUUUACUGCGCUAACCAAAAGUGUAGUCCCUUUGAGAAGUGCAAGUUGGAUCCCGCUACUAAGAGAAUGAAAUGCAUGCGAGCAUAAACCAAUUUUUA